UAAAUAAAUAAUAAUAGUAUUUACUUUUUUGUUUGAUAACAACAAAAACUAAAGUAACAAUGUAAUUAAUCUAUAAAAAUUUUAUUAAUAUAUUUAUUGAAUAAUUGAUCAAAUCCGAAUAUCAAUGUUAUCAUAAUUGUAAUGUCACGUUAAUCCAUUUAUUUAAUUUUUCAAAUAUUGAAUGACUAUGACAAAAAUUAAAAAUUCUUUAAAUACUGAGGCUGUGAUUGAUGAAUCUGUGUUUGAAAAUACAGAUAAUACUGUUUGGCUAUUUGGGUAUGGAUCAAUUUUAUGGAAAACUAACUUUAAAUUCGUCAAAGAGUGUGUUGGAUAUAUAAAAGGUUACAAAAGACGUUUUUAUCAAUAUAGUCCUGAUCACAGAGGCACUAUCGAGUUUCCCGGAAGAGUGGUAACCCUUUUACCAUCUCGUAAUGAGAGUCAAGUAUGGGGAGUAGCUUAUGCCAUAAGUAAUCAAAAUAUUAAAGAAGUCUAUGAAAAAUUAGAUUUUCGAGAACAAGCAGGAUAUAUGAAAUAUAUUGUGCCGUUUUACUCAAAAAUAAAGGAGGAUGUAGCUCCUAAAGAAGUAAUUGUAUAUGUUGCUGAUGAAAAAAAUAAAUGGUUUGCAGGUAAAGCAACUAUUUAUCAAAUAGCUUCAAGGAUAAUGUUGUGCCAAGGAGUAAGUGGUUUAAAUUCUGAAUAUGUCUAUAAACUUGCUGAUGCAAUGAGAAAAAAAGCUCCAGAUGCCAAUGAUAAACAUUUAUUUGAACUUGAAAAUAUUUUGAAAUGCUUAGAAAAAAGACAAACAGUAACAGUAUGAUUAUACAAAAUAAAACAUUUUUUAUGAACUUGGUAUAUAUAAAACAUGAUUAAUUAAGAAUUUUACCCCUCAUUUUUUCAUCAAAUUAUGAUUUUUUCACAAAAAUGUACCGAGUAAAAUUUAAUAUUUAUACUAAAUAUGAAGUUUAUUGAAAAAAAUUUAUUUUUAUAAUUAAAUUUAUAAGUAUCUUUCAAAUGUUAAAUAAAAACAAAUUUUUUUUUUUACUAUUAAAUGUAGUAAUUUACAUUAUCACACCCUCUUACUAUGUAAAAUGGUUAAUUUUUGACACUAUAUUUAAAAAUAUUAUUAACACUUCAUAAGUAGAUUACUUUAUAUGAUUAUUUAAAUUUGAUUUAUUUUAUUAUUAAAAAGAAACUAACACUGUGAUACACAGCACAGUAUAGGCGUUUCAAAGUUGAAACAAAUAUAGAUAAUAACUAACAAUGUUUAAAAUCACAAUCAUAAAAAAUGUUUUGAUGUAAAUCUGUAAAUAAUGUUUAAUUUUUAGAAAUAAUUGUUAGAUUAUUCCAAAAGCAACAUCAUCUCCUAUUUUUUUAACUAUG